CCGGUAGUUUGGAACCGACGGCCCCUCUCUUUGGUCGCGAGGACCCUUGAAUCCAUUUGGAAUGAAUGUUCGUAAGCCGAUCACGCAAUCGUGGAGGUCGUUACAUCGGAUCCGAUGUCUGCGUAGCUAUGCCAUGCAUAAAUCGAACCGUGCCUCCGGGUUACGGCGAUCGCGUAUUUGUCGCGAGAGGUCCUAAGUAUAACUUCACACCAUAGCCAGUUAAUUAACUACCUAACCUAUAUACCAAUCUAUAUUGAGAUUAUCAAGAUGGCGGCAGUCGCUACUAGAAUCGCCGAGAGGAAGGCGGAUAUACCGACCUAUCAUCAGGUUCCGGAAACAAAAUACGAGCUUGACUGGGCAGAUCUUGUAACGUUGGAUCUCUCCCAAUUCGACCAGCCGGAUGGAAAGCAGAAACUGGCAACACAACUCUUUGAUGCUAUUCAUAAGAUCGGCUUCUUUUAUAUUACCAACUUUGGUUUAACCCAAGAACAGGUAGACAGGCAAUUUGCUAUCGGCAAGGAAGUGUUCCAGCUGCCGACUAAGGAGAAGCUGAAAUAUCGGGCAGACCUUGAGCACGGGGGAUAUAACGGCUACAAGCCGCUCGGGGUUCGUCAAGUGAAGCCUGGAGUAUACGACAACACCGAGAUCUACAACAUACCCAAGUUUAUACCCGCAUUCGAACAGCCACACCCUGAGGUUAUUAACGAGAACCGGAAGGAGAUAGAGACCUUCGCCCGGCACAUCAACGAUAACAUUGUAGGCAAGCUCCUUGUCCUCUUUGCCAUCAUCUUAGAGCUGCCAGAGGAUUACUUCCUGCAGAGACACCGAUAUGAAGAAAAGAGCGACUGCCAUUUGCGAUACAUGAAAUACCACCAUCGGACCGAGGAGCAGAACAAGAUCCUAGAGAACGUAUGGGUAAAAGGUCACACGGACUUCGGUAGCCUGACUCUACUUUUCCGGCAGCCCGUGAGCGCCUUACAGGUCCGCACACCCGAGGGGGAGUGGAAGUGGGUUAAGCCGUAUCCACAAAGCAUCACAGUAAAUCUCGCCGACUCGCUAGAAUUUCUGACAAAUGGAUUCUUGAAGAGCAGCAUUCAUCGUGUUGUUGUCCCGCCGCCCGACCAGGCCAACAUAGACCGGCUGGGCGUUCUAUAUUUUGUGAGACCCGAGGACAGCCUCGAGUUGAGACCCAUAGUGAGUAAUGUGUUGGACCGCCUGGGAUAUAACAAGACCACGGACGGGAGUGCAGUUGGUAUCACUGCCGGAGAGUGGGUGAAGGCGCGUGUUGCCGGGGGAGUCGCCAAAGAUAAGGCGAGGAGUGAUGUAUCCGAGCAGGAGAUCAUUCGUGGCAAAACAGCUAAAUAUUACGACUAGACGUACUUUUCGAUAAAUAUAUCUAACCCAAAAUGAAUUCACGCUGUUGUGUUACGGCAGCGAACGCUCAGCUAUUCCCCAUUGAUUAAUAGUGCAUCGCGCAUCCCACACUUUACGCAUCCUCGUUGAUGUACUGGCCGUACACUUCGGGGUAGAACUUUUUGCCGUUUUCGCGAUGGCUGCGCACCUUCGUCCGCAG